AUGGGCCAAUUGCAGCUCACGGACAGAAGCGAUCACACAUUUGACGAGGCCGGUUACAUGCAAGGCGUGCAAGCGAAAGGCUUCGAGGUGGUUGAUUCGCUCGCAUGUGACGAUGCGCCGGAAAUUGAGAUCGUGCCGUCGUUCUUGAAGAUCCCCAAGGCAAUUAUAGACCACCCACCAAAAGCAUUCUACCAGCGAGAGAGCCAGGCGUUGAUUCCCUAUAGGCCCCCGCCUGCACAAGCAAUCGAGGGCGAUGACGACGACGAUGUAAUGAAAGAAUAG